GUUAUGGCGGUUUGUUUGGAGAGUCGAUGCGGAGUUGAGGAGAAAACUUUAAAUGUCCAAAUCACAGCGCGACUUUAAACACACAAGUCAGAAAACGAGCUCAGUGUGCCGCAGUCAUGUCCUCUCCAGCUGGACCGCAGCCAUCCCAGUCUCGCUUCCUGUCCCGCUGGAUCCCGAGCAGCUCCCGGGCUGGUGUCUUCCUCAGCGGCUCUCCUGGAGAGGUCAGCUCACUCCAGAGCAGCUGCAGUUCUGUGGCUCAGGAGGUCUCGCUGGAUGAUUCGUUCUGCUCCCAAUUCGCCCCCCUGCCCGUGUCCUGCAGCAGCAGUCUGGACUCGGCCGUGCCCAAAGUGUCUGAAACGGACCCUGAGGCCGAGCCUUCCAGCAGCGAGCUCGAUGGUGUCCACAACGUUCUGAAAAAGGCACAAGGGCUUCCACUGAUUGAGAAGCUUGAGCAGCUGAAACAACUGCAGCAGCGCAUGCAGGAGCAGCUGAAGGUGCAUCAGCAGGAGCAGUUGCAAAAAUUGCAAACUGAACAGCAAAAGCUCCUGGGGAUGGUACAGACUGGCGCAGCAGAAUACAGCCAAGAAAAACAGCCAUACAACAAAACCACAAACAUGUUGCAGCCACUCCAGACAGCAUCUACGCUCUCAAACCCUCAAGGCAGUGUUCCAUGGGCCCAGAUCACACGCCAGCAAGAAGCCGCAAAGGCACUUGUGUCAAGUAUGUGGGACCAUCAACCAAGUGUGGAGCAGUCAAGAUCUGGACACGAAGUUGAGGAAGAUGCUAUUCAUGAAGAAGAAUCACUACAGUCAACAACUGAGGACCAAAGUGUGCACGGACAAGACAGCAUAACUGAACUGCAAGACAGGCCUAUCAGAUCAGCUACCAGUGGGAAGACAUUUGAAGAGAUGCUUGAAGAGCAGCUGAAACUGGAGAACGAGAGGCUAAACAAGAGCAUUCUUACUGAGACAGUGAAGGUGAAGAGGCCUUUUUUGAGGCGAGGGGAAGGCUUGUCCAGAUUCACGAGAGGAAAAGCUGCUGGACCUUCCAGAGAGAGAACAGCUCAUUCAAGCACCAAGUCCACUUUAUGUCUGGACCCUCCCACCUCUCAGGGCCAGUCCACUAGACCCCACCACCAAAGCUUAGAGCCAAAGAAGCCUUCUCCUAAAUCUACAGCCUCAACGAAUGUUGUGAUCCAGCGGAAAACAGCUGUUCUGAACAAAGAGAACUUGCCUCAGAACAGGGUUGUAGUACCAACCAAAGCCACCAAGGCUGCUAAAGCUCCUGUUCUUGGAGCCCACCAGGGUCAGAAUGUGAGUGCUGGAGCUCUCCAACAUCUCAACAAAAGCUAUAGGAGGCCUGACCCUCAGCAGAAGAUCAUCUGUGAUGCCGUGGAUGAUGUCAGUAAGGGAAAAUCAUUCAGGCACGUUGAGAACACGGUAGAUCCUAGUGCGCAUGUUGCGGAGAAUUCGUUUGAGGUGUGGCUUGCAGAGCGAGGUGAGCAUUGGGAUAAAGCGCGUCAGCGUGAAUGUGUUGAGCUUGGUGAGUUUGAGCUGCUGGAGAGAGCAGCAGAUGAGCUGUCGUUCUCCAGCAACUCUUCCUUCAUUUGCACUCUUCUACGGAGAGAUCGUAGACGUCUGUCCUCCACACCGGUCAAAUCACCUCAGCAACCCACGUUGCCUGGCCAUCGUCAAGACAACUCUACAAGCCCAGUGCAGCGAAGUGGCAGCAACGUUCAGCAGAGUCUUCCGGACCUUCCUGUAGACAAGGUGGCAGCGAGCGUGAAGCAGAUUGUAGUAAUCAACGAGAGCUCUGAGGAUGAGGAUAAAGUAGAUGAAGUCUCAGAUGUUUCUCUUUGUAGCAGUUCAGACAUUCACCAAACUGCUUUUGGACCAAGCCAGCCUUUCAGCCACUGCUUCCAAGUUUCUCAAGCUCUUCCCUACAAUAAACACUCCUACCAAGAUAGAGACAGAGCUGCCAGUCGAGAAGACGAAGAGGAGAAUAACGGAGAUUCUACUCUGGUUGACGUCAAAGGCCACGUAGACUUUGACGAUGAUGACACCUGGAACGAGCUUGAGGAUUUGCCCUGCGUUUCCACCAAGACUAACGAACAAGCAGGUAGGGCACUGAAGAGGAAAGUUGCAGUCUCAAAGGGGGCGGAGCCUGACGCUUCCUCUGCCAGUUCUUUGGACCAUGAGCCAGAGCCCCCGCCCACAUGCCAGUUGGUUGCCAAGCUGUUCCCAGCUCUCAAGCCGAAACCAAGCCCUCCACCUCCACCAGUAGUGCAGGACAACGAACAAGCAACAGCCCAGUCAAGGUUACUCCGUGAGCGUUUGGUGGAGCUGGAGACUGAAAUCGAACGUUUCAAGACAGAAAAUGCAGCGUUGAGCCGGCUCAGACGGGAAAACGAGGGCAUCAGAGAAAACCUGCGUAAAGAGAGGGCAGAGUUCCAGCAGAAGAUGGCAGAUGACCUCACUAAGUGGGAGGAAAUGAAGCGUGAGGAAAACAGAAAGCUGCAGCGCGACAAGAAGCUGUUUGAGAAACAUGCGGCAGCUAUCAGAGCGAGACCUAACAAACAAGAACGAGAUGAGAUCCAGUCUCUAAAACAGCAGCUGAACACUUUGCAAGAGGACCUAAGAAAACGUGAGGCUCGCUGGACCAGCACCCACCACCGCCUCCGGCAGCAGAUGGACACCCUCAGCUCCGAGAACACUGCUCUCCGAGACCAGGUCCGCAUGAUGGAGAAACUUCGCCUGACCGCUUGGAAGAACGCCGAGUGUGUCCGUGAAAGAGAGAAAGAGAGGGAGAGGCCUGCUGCGUCCGGUAGCAGCACCACAGCACAGAAGAGGACACAAUCUAAGAGUCCUUCCCGUAGCAUCAAGAGCAGCAGCAGCACCAGUAAUAGACGGGAAAGCCCAGAAGUUAAGAAUCCCCCCAAAGCUGCGGUCGUGUCUUCAAGUGCACGUUCUGCUGCUUGUAACUCAAAGCUUCAGAAUACGCAGCGUCAAAAAGAGCCCUGCCCAGUGGCCGACCCGUUCCCCAUCUCAGACGGACAAACUGCGCCUGAAGGGAGUGACUAUGAGUCAAACACCGACUCAUCUUCAGAACUGGACAGUCCUGGAGCUGAUACAGAACAAUCACAGAUGGAGCAGGAAGAGAUCACACACGUGGAUGGCAAGAUCGAGAAGGUGCUUCCUGAUGGAGGACGACUUAUCGUUUUCCCAAACGGCACAAGAAAAGAGUUGUCUGCAGACGGGCUGUCGAUCAAAGUCACUUUUUUCAACGGAGACAUCAAACACAUCAUGCCAGAUCAAAGAGUGAUUUAUUAUUAUGCAGGAGCUCAGACGACACAUACUACCUACCCUGAUGGCAUGGAAGUGCUCCAAUUCCCAAACAACCAAAUAGAAAAACACUUUCCUGAUGGACGUAAGGAAAUCACCUUCCCUGAUCAAACAGUUAAAAAUCUCCACCCAGAUGGGAGGGAGGAGAGCGUACUGGCCGAUGGCACAAUAAUACAGCAGAACCCGGAUGGCAGUAAGGAGAUCCAGUUUAACACGGGUCAGCGGGAGCUCCACACCGCAGACUUCAAACGUCGAGAAUAUCCAGAUGGCACAGUUAAAACAGUUUACUCUGAUGGACGCCAGGAAACGCGCUACCCCAGCGGUCGUAUGAGGCUCAAAGACCCUCAAGGACGGGUAGUCAUGGACACCAAGACAUGAUCUAAUGUGGACCUUCUUAGUCAAAUGCUGGAUUUGUAGAGAAAGUGGAGAGGAAAAAAAAGUUCUCCCGAGUACUGUGAAUGUGCAUUUUGUGUGGUUUAAACAUAAUUGUUAAGUAUUUAUUUGGAAUGUACAGUUUUGUAAAAUAAAUAUUUUUAUGAUUCGGUGUGAACAUUAAACACAAGUCAGAA